AUGAUCCGAAAUGCACUCACUCCAGGCUCGCCAUCUUCAGCAAUACUUUCGAACCCUUUAAAUAAUACAUCAACUGACAUUUCUUCAGCACCUACUCAACAACCUUCCUGGGAAUUUUUGCGCAAACAGGCCCGCCAGUUAGAAAAUGAAAUUGAACAAAAGCUGACCAGUUAUAGCAAACUUGCAGCUCAAGUUGGAAGGAGUAUUGGCUCUGGGAGCCUGGGAAACGGGUUAUAUGGAGAUAACGGAUUAUCAGGGAAUUCUAGUGAAGCCAUGGAAUUGGAGUUAGAAGAGUUAAUCAAAAAGUUGGACUUAGUGGUAAAUUCUAUGGCAGAGGUUGUAGACAGACCGUCAUCAACAGCAUCAAAUCCAUCAAUGAUGCACAUGUUGCAAAGACAUCGUGAUAUUCUAUAUGAUUAUUCAAAAGAAUUCAAAAAAACAAAAGCAAACAUUCAAGCAGCAAAAAAUCAUUCGGAUUUGUUGAGUUCCGUGAGAGAUGAAAUAAGUUCUUUCAAAUCUGGAGCUACUAGCGAGACAGAUUAUUUUUUAAGUGAAAGAAGCCGAAUUGAAAAUUCUCAUAGGAUGACGGACAUGGUUCUGGAACAAGCAUAUGAAGCAAGAGAAGAAAUGGGAAGACAAAGAGGAACAUUAUUAAGUAUUAAUAGCAGGAUGAACCGUGUAACGA